AUGGAUGAGAAAUCAUUAAGUGCAAUUGAAUUGUUAAAAAACAGACAAAAUAAUUCUUUGGAAUCUGUAAUUGCAGCUUCUAAAUAUAUAAAGAAUAUAAUUAUUGGAAAUUCAAAGAAGAAAAAACAAUUUCUUGAACAAGGUCUUCUUCCAAUAUUUGUUGAUAUUUUACAAAAAGAUAAAGAUGAAACUCUAUUAAUUCAAGCUGCUAGUGUUAUUGGUAGUUUCGCAUGUAGAUUGGAUGAAGGUUCUAAAAAAGUAUUUGAAUCAAAUGCAGUACCUGCAUUGGUUACUUUAUUGUCACAUCGUAAUCCAAAAUUGGUAGAAUCUGCAGCUAGAUCACUAAAGAUAUUAUUGCUAUACUAUAAUCACCCGACUACAUUCAUCUAUGAGGACGAUGGUAUCAAACUGUUGGUUACUCUUUGCAAACAUCCAUUGGAAUCGAUCAAUGAGAUCUCUGUAACUAUUCUAGCUAGAGCAUGCGAAUCUCUCAUAAGAAAUCCAGGUAAAUUCGAUAUGACAAUCACACAAUACCAAGCAAAAGUACAUAGAUUCGGCGGAUUAGAUUCGAUCAUCUCCAUUCUAUUAUCUUCCAAGUCAAAGGUACAGGAAGCAUGUCUCUAUGCGAUUGAAUUGUUCACACGUGACAACAAGGAGCUUUCAUCAUAUCUCAUUACAAGAUCGCCAGACAAUAUCGAGCUAAGAACAAUCAUCCAGCUCACCAAAGACAACUCACCGAGAACUCAGCUUUUGGCAGCAACAUGUAUUUGUAAUCUCUACCAAACCAAAGUAUUGCCAGACUCCUAUGAUUCAAGCAGUAGUGAGAAACUACAGGAAAAUGCUCUUAGUGCUAUUGCUGUUCUAUGCUCUAUGCGUGAUGAUAGUAGGAGACAAGUGGCUGAUCUCAAGCUGAUUCCCAAUAUCGUUAGCUUCUUACAGUCAAACAACCAGGCCAUUAGAGCUGCUGCUUGCAGAUGCGCACGUAGUCUAUCGAGAUCCAUCAAACAUCUACGAACUUCAUUGUAUGACUCCUCAAUUUCACUGUCGGUUCUUAAGCUCCUCGAUGACCCUUCGCUGGACGUAAGAAUUUCAGCGACAGCAACCAUGUGCAACCUGGUUUUGGAUUUCAGUCCUAUGAAACAGACUGCCAUUGACAAUGGUGUAGUGAAGAAAUUGGUAGAGUUUACAGACGAAAAGGUGGAAUACCUACUUAGACUAAACUCUAUCUGGGCACUAAAGAAUCUUUUGUAUCUAGCCGAUACUCCAAUUAAAGUCACAGUGCUCAAGGAGUUGACCUAUGAAAGACUACUCACACUUUUGAAGGAUCCAAAAACACCAAUCGUUGAGCAGGCUCUCUCAAUACUUAGAAAUCUUGCUUACAAGGACAACUCUGAUCUCACCACUUGCGAAGCCUCAAACCAAGAAAAACAUAGAAAUACUAUCAUGUCAAGCAUGAUUAUCAUACCUAAAAUUGGUGAUUAUUUUAAUCAUAGAAAUAAUGAAAUUAGAAAUAUUGCAAUUUGGUGUAUAACAAAUUUAUUGGAAAAUGAUAAUGGUACACAAGCAAGAUUGUUGAAACUAAAAGAACUUGGAUUCUAUGAAAAAAUUGUUACAGCUCUUGCCAAUGAUCAAAAUGAAGAAGUGAAAAGUAGAGCAAAAGAAGCAAUUAUUAGAUUCAAUUAA